AUGUCUUACAACAACUUCGAAAACUUCCCCCAGCAGGACCCCGCUGCCGCUGGCGCCCCGGCCCCCGUUGAUACCACCAUGACCGGUCAGGCCGACCCCGCUCAGUUCCAGGGCCCCGUCCCUGGUGAGCCCAACUCUGCUCCCGUUCCCCAGCAGGGUGCCGAUGGCAAGACCACUCUCUGGAUGGGUGAGCUCGAGCCCUGGAUUGAUGAGAACUUCAUCCGCAACCUGUGGUUCCAGAUGGGUGAGCAGGUCAACGUCAAGAUGAUCCGCGACAAGUUCUCUGGGAGCAAUGCUGGCUACUGCUUCGUCGACUUCGCUUCCCCGGCCGCCGCCGCCAAGGCUCUUUCUCUGAACGGCACCCCCAUGCCCAACACCAACCGGGUUUUCAAGCUCAACUGGGCUACCGGCGGCGGUCUUGCUGAUCGCAGCCGUGAUGACCGUGGUCCCGAGUACUCCAUCUUCGUUGGUGAUCUCGGCCCUGAGGUUAACGAAUACGUCCUCGUCUCCCUCUUCCAGAGCCGUUUCCCCUCGUGCAAGUCCGCCAAGAUCAUGACCGAUCCCAUCUCUGGCAUGUCCCGCGGCUACGGAUUCGUCCGUUUCUCCGACGAGAACGACCAGCAGCGCGCUCUCACCGAGAUGCAGGGUGUCUACUGCGGCAACCGCCCCAUGCGCAUUUCCACCGCUACCCCCAAGAACAAGGGUCCCGGUGUUGGCGGCAACGGCGGUGGCAUGGGUAUGCCCGGCCCCGCUGGCAUGUACCCUCCCAUGGGUGGCCCCCCAUGCCCUUCUACGCCCAUGAACCAGUUCACCGACCCCAACAACACCACUGUGUUCGUCGGUGGCCUCUCCGGCUACGUCACCGAGGAUGAGCUCCGCUCCUUCUUCCAGGGCUUCGGAGAAAUCACCUACGUCAAGAUCCCCCUGGAAAGGGCUCGCCACGCUGCCGAGAUGGCCAUCAACCAGAUGCAGGGCUACCCCAUCGGUAACUCCCGCGUGCGUCUGUCUUGGGGUCGCUCCCAGAACAACUCCGGCCCUGCCGGCAGCCCCUACCGUCCUGCUCCCCCUCCUCCUCCCAUGUACCCCUCCAUGGGUAUGCCCCCGGCCCACCAGUAUGGCGGUUUUGCCCCCAUGAAGGUGAGCGAUCACCCUGGCAGCCCGAUCCCGGAUCAGAUUUGA